GGCGUUGUGGGUAGCCGCCUCUCUCUCUCGACUCCUCCCCCUCCUGUCUUCUUGCCGGUUGUGUGCGCGUCCCUCGUCUCUCUCUCCCCGGACACCGGAGCCGCACACAUGGCGCUGCACGUACCUAAGGCCCCGGGCUUUGCCCAGAUGCUGAAAGAUGGAGCCAAGCAUUAUUCUGGCUUAGAAGAAGCCGUGUACAGGAACAUCAAUGCCUGUAAAGAACUUGCCCAGACGACCCGCACCGCCUACGGACCCAAUGGGAUGAACAAGAUGGUCGUUAAUCACCUGGAAAAACUCUUCGUUACGAAUGACGCGGCCACCAUCAUCCGAGAGCUGGAGGUACAGCACCCGGCUGCAAAGAUGAUUGUGAUGGCGUCACACAUGCAGGAGCAGGAAAUCGGAGACGGGACUAAUUUUGUGCUGAUGUUUGCUGGUGGUCUUCUGGAGGUGGCGGAGGACCUGCUGAGGAUGGGGCUGUCGGUGUCUGAGGUUAUUGAAGGCUAUGAAAAGGCCUGUAAGAAAGCUCUGGAGAUCCUUCCCGACCUGGUGUGCAGCUCCGCCAAGAACCUCCGUGACGUCGACCAAGCCGCCUCCAUCCUACAGACGGCCAUCAUGAGCAAGCAAUAUGGCAACGAGGCCUUCCUGUCCAAACUGAUAGCCGAGGCCUGUGUUUCCAUCCUCCCUGAGUCUGGACAUUUCAAUGUUGACAACAUCAGAGUCUGCAAAAUCCUGGGAUCUGGUAUCAAUGCUUCGUCAGUCCUGCAUGGUAUGGUGUUCAAGAAGGAAACAGAGGGUGACGUCACCUCUGUGAAAGAUGCUAAAAUUGCAGUCUAUUCCUGUGCUUUUGACGGCAUGAUCACUGAAACAAAGGGUACAGUUCUCAUAAACAGUGCAAAGGAGCUGAUGAACUUCAGCCAAGGGGAAGAGACUCUCAUGGAAGCGCAGGUCAAGGCCAUCGCUGACGCUGGGGCCAACAUUAUAGUCUCGGCAGGCAAGGUUGCAGAUAUGGCCCUGCAUUAUGCUAACAAAUACAACCUCAUGGUGGUCAGGUUGAACUCCAAGUGGGAUCUGAGGAGACUGUGUAAAACCCUCUGUGCGACAGCUCUGCCGAGAAUGACCCCACCCACACCAGAAGAAAUGGGACAUUGUAACAGCGUGUACCUGUCUGAGGUUGGGGACACACAAGUGGUUGUUUUUAAACACGAGAAUGAUGAUGGGGCCAUUGCAACCAUAGUCAUACGAGGAUCCACAGACAAUCUAAUGGAUGAUGUGGAGCGUGCUGUGGACGAUGCCGUCAACACCUUCAAAUGUCUUACAAGGGAUAAGCGUCUUGUCCCCGGUGGCGGAGCCACUGAAAUUGAAUUGGCAAAGCAAAUUACUUCCUAUGGAGAGACUUGUCCAGGGCUUGACCAGUACGCGAUCAAGAAGUUUGCCGAAGCUUUCGAGGCUAUUCCAAGAGCUCUUGCAGAAAAUUCCGGAGUAAAGGCGAAUGAAGUGAUCUCUAAGUUGUAUGCAAUGCAUCAAGAGGGAAACAAGAAUGUGGGCUUUGACAUAGAGGCUGAAAGCGCCGCAGUGAAAGACAUGCUGGAGAGUAAAGUCUUGGAUACCUACCUUGUGAAACACUGGGGGAUCAAGCUGGCCACAAAUGCUGCCAUCACUGUCCUGCGAGUAGAUCAGAUUAUUAUGGCCAAAGCAGCCGGUGGACCAAGAGCCCCAAAGCAGCAAGGACACUGGGAUAAAGAUGACUGGCAGGAUGAGCCCGAGAAUUGAUAUGUCUCUUGUUAAAGAGCAGAUAAUUAUGGCAAAACCAGCGGGUGGCCCCAAGGCACCGACAGCCAAAAAGGACUGGGAUGAAGACCAAGACUGAGCACUUGCGCUAUUUAUCUGUACUUUUCCACUAUGGACUGUCCUAGGUCAUGUACGGCCUCAGUCGCCGCUUCAGAUUUUUGUUCACUUAAGUUAAAGAUACUGUAAAAUAAAAUCCCAUGUUCGUAA